AGGACGAGAUCCACCCGCAGCUGAAGCACACAGGGGCCGGCAUCCUCUCCAUGGCCAACGCCGGGUCAGGGCGAAUCCUGCGCAGCGUACGUGCGGGCUUUGUCGAUGCCCUGCUGAGGCCCCACACGAACGGCAGCCAGUUUUUCAUAACGCUGGCGCCUUUGCCGUCUCUGGACGGCAAAAAUCCCAUAUUCGGCCGCGUGAAGCGGGGCUUGACGGCCGUGAAGAGGAUGUCGACCGUGCAGGUCAACGCGCAGGACGGCGACGGCGAGAUGUUCGACAUCAUUCGCGGCGUCGAACAAGAUGAUGCGAUGUCGUCUUUGCAGUUUAACGCCGGGCAUGAGCGGGCGGUGCGUGCCUUCGAACUGAGAUGCCCCAGCUGCGGCUUGCGGGUUGGGCCCGGCGAGUUCCUGGGCAACAUCAGGUGCGCGGUCAACAUUUUGUUGAGUGCAGGGUCGUCGGAGCAAUGCAGGUGCUCGCCGCGCUGUCCGCGGAGCCGAGGAAUCGAUGUUUCAGCCUGAGUGCGACCGAGACGAGGACAAGCCCGUGGUGGACGUGAAGCUCCUGCGCGCGUCCACCGCCCUGACCUCUGACGCUAUUGUCGGCGUGUGACCAUCGCGCGGGAAA